AUGAGACCUAUUCUUCUUUCUGGCCAUGAACGGGCUCUGACCCAGAUCAAGUUCAACCCCGACGGCGACCUGCUCUUCUCCGUCUCCAAGGACCAGAAUAUCUGCGUGUGGUUCUCCCACAACGGUGAGCGACUAGGCACGUACAAGGGCCACCAGGGUGCCAUCUGGACGGUUGAUGUGGACCACACCUCGACCUUCAUCGCCUCGGGCAGCGCCGACAACACCAUCAAGCUGUGGGAGGUCAAGACAGGCAAAUGUCUCAAAACUUGGGAGUUCCCGACCGCCGUUAAGCGUGUCGAGUUCAACGAGGACAGCACCCAGCUGCUGGGCGUUACCGAGAAGCGCAUGGGACACUUGGGUACGAUCGUCGUGCUCAACAUCAUUCCUGAUGUCAACGCUGAGCAGAGCGAUGAGAAGGAGUUGACUAUUGUGUGCGACGAGAGCAAGGCUACUGUUGCCGGGUGGAGCUAUCUGAACAAGUACAUCAUUGCUGGCCAUGAGGAUGGCAGUGUCAGUCAGUACGAUGCCAAGACCGGCGAGCAACUAGACAACUUCCCCGUACACGAGCUCGGCAUGCAAGUCACAGACCUCCAAUGGUCCCCUGACCGGACUUACUUUAUCACCGCAUCCAAAGACAAAACCGCCAAGCUGAUCGCAGCACGGGAUCUCGAGGUCCUGAAGACGUACCCCGCCGAUACCCCCCUGAACAGCGCCGCCAUUACACCCAAGAAAGACUACGUUCUGCUAGGCGGUGGACAAGCCGCCAUGGACGUAACAACCACCUCGGCACGCCAGGGCAAGUUCGAGGCGCGCUUCUACCACAAGAUCUUCGAGGACGAGAUUGGCCGUGUAAGAGGCCACUUCGGUCCUUUGAACACAGUGGCUGCCGAUCCGACGGGAAAGAGCUACGCCAGUGGCGGUGAGGACGGUUACGUGCGCAUCCACCACUUCGAUAAGGGAUACUUCGACUUUCUCUACGAGGUCGAGCGAGAACGACAGAACCAGAACCGACUGUAA